UGAACGUGAGAGUGACCCUGAACUGGACCCGUGGAGACCAAUGCUAAGCCAGCUUCAUAAGGUUCUCAUAGAACCUAUUGUGGAAUUCCUGCCAUCUAAGGAUGAGAAUCCACGAGUUACUUUCAUUCCUCAAGAUUUCUUGCUCAAAGUUCCCUUUGCUGCGCUGCAAGGCGACGCCAGAGAUCAUUACAUCAUGGAAGACUUUGUUAUCUCGACCAGUCCAGCGAUCCACUUUCUCGAACUAGCCUGCACCUCUCGUGAAAGCCCCAAACACACCCCAGCGCCUUUUGAACUGAGUCUUCUCGCUGUCGGAAAUCCCACAAUGCCUUUCGAAGAGCUUCCCCAGCUUCCCUCUGCCCAGCGCGAAGUGCGCAUGAUCAACGAGAUUAUUGACUCGCCGGAGUCACAAGUGUUUAUUGGGUCACGUGCCAAGAAGAAGGAUGUGAUGGCAGCCAUGGCAAAGCAUAAAAUACUACACUUUGCCACGCACGCUAUUAUUGACGACGCAGACUCCCACGGCGAUUUUAGCAUGAAGGGCCUCAUUGUACUGGCGAAGUCUGGGCUCGAAUGUAACGGUAUUCUGACGGCCGAGGAAGUGAGAGGUAUGGAACUAAAUGCUGAACUUGUGGUACUAAGCUGCUGUGAAACGGGACUGGGUAAAGUGACAGGAGAUGGAGUACUGGGUCUUUCACGCGCAUUUCUGGCGGCUGGCGCCGCUUGCGUGAUUGUCACGUUGUGGAAGAUUGACGACCGAUCCGCUUGUGACCUCAUGACGGCCUUUUACCGAGAAUACAAGGCUUCCCGUGAUGCUGCGGUAUCGUUACGAAAGGCCAUGAAGAUUCUUCAAGCAAAAGACAACACACGAAGUCCUCAGCACUGGGCUGCGUUCUCCAUUGUCGGCGUUACUGGUGUUUAAAUCGUUCGGCACUAAGCUCCAAAUUUUAACUCUCCUCACUGGUUGUUUUCCAUUCAGUUUUUAAGGUGGCUCAAAACAGUUUCCAGCACCUAGAUUUUAAUGGGUCGCUAUAACCACUCUUUAUCAUUUGAUGCUUCAAUCAUGGUAUCAAAAAACUGCCCAAUCAUUGGUGAACACGUUGUUAUCAUUUUCGUGACACAAUAGGUUACGUAAAAAUACCAGGAUUGAUCAUGAUAAUAUAGGAUAUAGCCUUCUCUGCUGAAAAAAUGUUUGAAAACAUAAGCUUUUGACAGCCGGUCUACUGUCUUCAACAGAUAAAAAUUUCUGAUAAAAUGAAACGUUAAAUAUUUGAGGAUAGACAGUAAAUCGCAUGAAUUUAAAAUGACUGCACUAUAAAGAGUGUUCAAUUAGAAGAAUGUUGAAAGUGCUUAAAUUAAUGUUUGUUUAAAAGAAUGUUGUAUUGUCUUGGGAGUGGGCAUGAGUUAUUAUCAACCUCAACAGUUUUUGCCGUGUGCCAUGAUUCUAGUGUCUUUCUACUGCGAUGGUCUCCUUGGUCAAUGAUUGCGGAGUUGUUAAUAAAUGAAAAUUUCAUUUACAAACUGUCCACCAUGUUUACUUAACGAGAUGGCAAAGGUGGCGAGCAUAGUAACCAGGUCUCAAAAAUGUUAUGUUCACCGCAUAUAGCGUCACAAGCCGAGCUUUUCGACCAAUCAGAAUGCCCAAGUCUUAUAUUCACCUCUGAAAAUUCGGGAGAAUUAUACUAAAAAGCUUUGUUUACCUGGACACAAAAGCUAAGACAGAUUUUUGUCUCAAAAUAUACACGGCUGACGUGUUCCUUCCAGUAUCUGUUCUCGUAAAUACGUGAACGAGUGAUUUUCUCCACCAAAUACUGAAGAUUUCUUAGUAUGGUUUCAAUUUAGUUUCCAGACUCCUCUCAUUCAUUCAUCCCAGAGUUCCAAGUGGGUUUGGCAAAAACGAAAACAUUUCCGCCUGGGCGGCUAAAUUUUUGUGAAUUUUACAAUCUUUAAAUCUUUUCUUUUAAUCGAGACCUAAAGGUGAAAUCGAUCAUGGAAUAUUUAGCACCAGAGCACCAAGAUCUCGCUAUACAGGGACUUGAUGAACUGCGAUCAAAGCUUCCGUCAGCUCAAGAAGAUGUACUGGAGAACGUGAAAGCGGAAGAGUGGUCAUUUCCAAGAAGCUUCAAACUAGCGCAAGAGAACAUGAGUAAAAACCUGCCAACAGCUUCACUUAUCUGGGAAUAUAUGCUUGACAAGGCCAAGAAUAAGCAACAGAAAUUCGCGAUCAUGAACAAACUCUUCCAAGUUCAGAUCGCAACCGGGCCAUGGAAAGCCGCUCUAGAGACAGCUCAGAGAUUAUUCAACGAAACCAUUGUGGAGUACUCAUCGGAGAAUGCGAGUCGACAGACAGUAACUGAAGGGGGUUUGGGUACGUUAAGUUGAAAUUUUCUUCGUAUUUCUGUUGUCUUUAUACUAGGGACAAAUUUAAAGAACAUAUGAUCUUGUCAGGAAAUAUGAGAAGAGAUUUGGCUACUUCUGCUGUUGUGCUGCGGUUAAUAUUUGGAUUGUCACGCACGUAAUGAUCGUUACGUGACAGGAAGGUUUACCGAGUGGCAUGAAAUUUCCGUGGGAUCUAAUUUUCGCGAAUUUCGCGGAUUUUCCAUCGAUCCGCGAAAAUCAAAUUCCGUCAAAACAAACUCCCGCCAAAAAAUAUCCGUGCAAAUUUCCUCUUUUUAUUUACGUUACUGAAUUUCAAUGAAAUUGGUUAAAAAUGCGCGCAAGAUUUAAAUUCAUUGAGUGAGAAACGAAAAAGAAGCGAGACUGGGACAGACUACACCAACACCAGCCGGUGAUUUUACAUCACGUUUCUUUUAUGUUUCUCGCGUGAUGUACCAAGAGAAAAGAGGGGAUCCUCAUAGUACAGACAGCCUUUGGACUUGUCUCGCAUUCUUCCACCAGGACAGCCUCUUCCAGGCUUCCAGUUAGUGGAGGCGCAGUGCAAAAAACAGCGGAGUGAUUUAACGGACAGAGAGGCUUAGUGGGAGUUCUCUCGCCUUCCCGCGCCGCGCCUCUCCCUUAUUUUUUCGUGCGCCAUUUUUCGCGCUAUGCAUUAACCAACUGAACGCCUGGGAGAGCCGCUACACCCAAGAGGGGAGAAAGAUCGCAUGACGACCACUGCAACUGUACAGAAAUGUGAUUGUAAAAAACCCUUUUCCCCAGAGUACCAGCCAGUCUUUGGUAACGUGCCAUGGUCUUUUCUAGAAAUUGAACAUCCAGACUGGUACCAAAACACGCAUCCGUUUAAAACCUUUAAAAGGUUUGACGAGCAUUCCUUGCCGUCAAGGAGUCCCCAGGCCGCAUAAUUUCUAAGGAGUAACUUCUGCUGAUUUGGUAUGGCUU